AUAAUGUUUAAGUCGAGUACUCUAUACUACUGUAUAUAUAAAUAUAUAUACCAUAUAUUAGUAGACAAUAUUGUUGUCAGACAUAUAGAGUUUUUAACAAAUAGAGAAUAGAUUUGUUAAGCAACAGAUUGACAGCUGUUUCACAAUAUUUUACUUUUUGUGGUUUAAUUGCUAUAUUAAUUGGUUAAUAAUAAUUAGUUGAAUCACUUAAUGUGAUGCCAGUUAACUAAUACUGGGCUAACUUUAGUGUAUUAACUAAGCAGAUGGUAGUGUUGUGUCCGUACGGAUGCGUCCAAACGGUGCCAUUCGUAGCAAUGAUACACAACUACAUCGACACCGAUCACAACAAUUCAUACAAAACUUGUCCUCAUGUCUAUCACUGGCAAUGUCUAACCGUUUGCCACCGCGUCGACCAAAUAUUUGGCCGUACAGUCCGGCCAAUAGGUCGACAUCACGAGUUUCGGCCGCAAAUGAAGUGCGAACUCCAUUACAAUCAUUGUCUCCUAUAUUGAAUUCAAACGAUACAUAUAUUUGUUGUUCAUAUAGUCCCAGAUGUUUCAUCAUUCAAAAGGUAAAACCAUCAACACUACAGUCAACUUUAUGCACAACCAGUGCUAACAGCUGUGAAACCACAAACAAUUCAAUUGCAACGACACAACUAUUAACAAGAAAAAGGUGUUCAAAUCAUGACAUAAAAAAGAUAAAUACAAACAAUUUGGACAAUAAUUUUAAUAAAGUAGAUAAUGUGUUGGAAAGUGAACUGAAGAUCAGCAAUAAAAAGGAUAACAUAAGCACUCAUACUUCAGGCCAAAAAUCGAUGCCAAUGUUAACCAAUCGGUCGAAUGAAGACAAGAAUCCAGUGAUGAUCACAAACGUGACGAACAAAACCAAUGAAUGUUUGGCCAACAAGACUACCGAUGAAUCAUCAGAUAAGACCAAACCAGACAAAUCUAUUCGUAAGUUAAUUAAUGAAACUAAUCCAAUGUCGAAAAAAUCUGAAGAAGACUUACGACGAGCACUUCAGCAGCAGUUGGAGUAUUAUUUUUCGCGAGAAAAUCUUUCUCGAGACACAUAUUUGAUAUCACAGAUGGAUUCGGAUCAAUACGUCUCGAUAGCAAUUGUAGCCAACUUUGAACUAAUCAAACGUUUGACUGAUGACAAGCAAUUAGUUGUCGAUGUGUUAAGACAGUCGCCAUCAGUACAAGUGGACGAUUUGGGAGAGAAAGUGAGACCACUUCACAAAAGAUGUGUACUUAUUCUCAGGGAAAUACCGGAGUUCACUGUAGCCAAAGAUAUCGAGAAUUUAUUUAAUGGUGAGAAUUGUCCGAAGUUUGUCUGCUGUGAGUUUGCACACAAUCAGAGCUGGUAUGUGACCUUCGAGAAUGAUGAAGACGCACAAAGAGCUUAUCGAUAUAUUCGUGAAGAAAUUAAAGUAUUUCCAAAGACAGGCAAACCAAUUAUGGCACGAAUUAAAGCCAAACCCAUAGUUCACUCGGUUUCAAAUAACUUUAAACAGAAUGGAUUCCGCCCACCAAUUGUCGGUCCAACUGUUAGUUCAGCAAAUAAUAGCAUAAAUAGCAUAUCAAAUACAAAUACAAAUACCGAGACUUGUUUCACUCCAACCCCACAGCCAACUACCGGUAUAUCUCAGCCCAACUUUACUACUACUUAUCAAAACGUGCCUACAGUCAGACAGAUAUAUCCCCCAUUUUAUCCACCAUCAAUGCUUCAGACAUGGACUCCAAGUACACCAUCUGCUUGUUAUGAUUUGAGUACAGUAUUUGUGGCCAAUGGUUUGGCUCCGCACACAUACGGUCCCCACUCAACUGUCCAUAACAUUUACGCAUCAAAGAACUCCAUACGAAAUAAUCAAAUCAAAUCUCAAGCUAAUAGUCGAAAGCAUUUUCAUAUCAACACUAAUAAUAACAAUAGUAAUUCGGGUUUGACUAACAUUACCGCUAAUAUCAAUAGUAUUAUUAAUAAUAUUAAUAACAAUAAUCAUUAUGUGACAAAUGGCAGUCCCGGUUCAGCUACAGCUGUAACCAAUAGUUCAACCAAAGGAUCAAUUGUUGGCUCUGAAGUUAUUGCAAAUAAUACACAUUUUAAUAAUUACAAACACUACUAUACAAAAACAUUGCAACCAAUGAGUUAUAACGACAAUUGCAACUCUUCAAGUGUUUCACCUAAUGGUGCUGUCGAUGGUAUUGUGCUAACAAAUACAUUAUCUCCAAAACAUGAAGGAUUAGCUCAAAAUUGCAACUCUUGUUCUACAAAACCACAGAUGAAUUUAAAUAAUAAUAAUUAUAAUGAAAGUCGAGUUGACAAUCGAUGCAACUCACCGACGGUUAAUAACUUGACGGCUCAGAAGAGUCGCGAUAAUAGAAAUCGAGUGCGAAAAGUACGUAAAGAAGACAAUGAAAAUGCAAGUAAUUCUAGUGAUAGUUUAAGUGCUCCUAAACCUGAUGUUACCACUAAAAUAAUGACCAAUACUUCACACACCGAGCCUUUCGAUCUAAAGGCCACUUCUUUUCCUCCUUUACCCAGUUCUGCAAAUAACCGCUCAAACGAUAAUACUAAUGACAAUGAGGAGAGUGUAGGUAAGUGUUCCUCUUUGGCAGAUGUGGUAAAGGGAACCAUCAAACAUAAGAGUGACAAAAAUGACACGAAUAACAUCAAAAUUGAGUCAAAUGUGUCUAAUAGCUCAAUGAAUGCAACAAAUGCUGUAAAUAAUAUAAGCAAUGGAUUGAUUGGUCCAAAGUCACCAAAAGACAUGAAAGCAAAUAGUUGUGAAUAUGAUGUUAUUAGUAAUGAAGACAACCUGAGCUGCAAUAAUGAAGAAGUGUCUCAAACCAGAAGAAAUUCAAAUUCGAGUCUUAAUUCAAGUAUAUGUAGUAAUGUGAUCCAAACUAGUCAUGACUUGGAUCACAGCUAUAGUAAUAUAAUUCCUGCCAAAAGUCUAAAUACUUGUACUUUAGAGUCGGAUUUGGGAUCUGAUUUGAUUUCAUCUGAAGUGAUUGAGGGGAAUCAAUCAAAAGAUAAGUCAUACCUUUCCUCUACGAUGUCGACCCCAACUAAGUUCAACGGCACUAACGAUUCGCUUUCCAUAAACUCUGAUUGUUUUGAUGAUAAUAGAGUACAUUCCAGUGCACAACACACUCAACCCAGUUCUCCAAAUGGUUUCUCCAAUAAGAGUUUGUGUGAAAUAAUUGAAUGCAAUGGAAAUGAUGAUCAAAUACAUGACUACAACUCAUUAAAUGAUAAUAAUAGCGAUGAUAACGGAGACUCACUUCAUGUCUCUAUUAAACGUCUCACUUAUUCACAAAUAGCUCAGCGCUCGGCAAAAGAUAAACUCAAUCAAAACGAAGAGCGAAAUACAUUAUAUGUUAUUCCAAAGGAUAAAGAAUCGAUUUCAUCAAUCAAUUCAUUGACUUCUUCGCGAUCAUCAAUUCAUAUGACAUCCAACUCAAGUCGCCCUAAACUCAAGACUGGAAUUGAAUUAAAGGACAGCUUUCUAGAGAAUGGCACCAAUAGAUUACUCCAUCGAAACAAAGAUAUUCGUCACUCAUUUGAUGUCCACGAAAGAAAUGACAGAUCCAUUGCUUCGAAAGUCAAAUAAAUGGUGUCUUUAUUUGUUGAGUUGAUUUGUCGACAUUUGUUGAAUUAGGUUUAUUUUUAUCUAAAACUUUUCAUUAUUAAAAGUAUGAAUUAUUUGAAAAAUUGACUGUUAAGGUCUGGUAUUAAACUUUAAAUUGAGCCAAACAAACAUGUUUUCACUUAAAUAUACAUAUUAUUGAACAAAAUUAUGGAUUUGUUUGUGUUAUUUUCACCCAUAAUUAUAAACAAACAUUCAUUUAAAUAAGUAUAAGAGUCUAAUAAACAACAAAUUUACAUAUAUUUAAAUUAAUGAUCUAACUUAUACUCUUAAAGUAUUGUUUUUAAUUAUUUAUUGGUUUUAUUAUUUAUUUUAUUUUUG